AUGAAGGCAGCUCCUGGUGUGGUAGCUUACGAUGUCCCAAUGCCCGGUGAAGAUGCAGAUGUUGCCGGCACCAAUUAUUCAGCCGCCGGGUUUUCUUCCUCACAACCACCACAAACCAAGCCAAUGAUUCAAAUACAAAAUCACUAUGACGCUGAACAAUGCAUCGGAUCGCAUCGCAUCACAUUACACCUCAGCACAAUACACCACACCGCCUCACUGCACAGCAUGCCACAUCAAUCCACUUCACUUGACUUAGGCACUGCAAAAGAAGCAUUAACUCCCCCCAUCCAAAGCAUUUUUCGACAAAUGGAUCUUUCUUAUUAUUACCAAUUAAAAAACCUGGAAUUAACAAAAUUUUCCCGUCUUUUUAAAUCUGGUUUAAAUUAUUUCCAUUGUAGUAUUUUAUUGUUCCCAGUAAAAUUCUGGUGGGUACAACAAGGAAUAGCGAUUCCUACAAUGGCUUUCAUUAUUACCUUGUUUGAGAAUAAUGUAAAAAAUGCUUUACUCCUUUAUUUAAUUGUAGUAUGA